AAGUUUAGAUAGACAGAUGCCCAGUCCAGUCAAAAGGCGGCUAGUUGUUCUAACUGGGUUUGCAAACUUUGCGUACUUUUAAGUUUUUCACCAUGGCAGCUAUAAUAAGUGCCGUAACCGUAAUUUCCCUCCUAGUGACCGCAUUAUAUGCCGUUAUCAGUGUGGUGACAGCUUACAGUUUGUGCAAGAGAAAGAAUAUUUCUUCAGCUAUCGAGAAGUGGGUCGUUUCUUGGUUGGUGUUUGACGCGAUCAUUCACUUCACGCUGGAAGGACCAUUUGUCAUCCUCUCCAGCCUUGGAACGGUUGAGAAUUCUACUCACUUCACAGCUCUCCUGUGGCAGGAAUAUGGCAAAGCGGACAAGCGCUGGUUGGUGUCAGACCCUACGAUCGUAUCCCUGGAGAUGCUAACUGUCUUCCUAGACGGCCCGCUAUGUGUGAUACUGGUGUAUGCCAUUGUGGAAGACAAGCACUACCGCCAUUUUGUACAGAUAGUCCUCUGUGUCUGUGAACUUUAUGGAGGUUGGAUGACAUUCUGUCCGGACUGGUUUGUAGGCAGCCCCAACCUGGUGACUGACAACGCCCUCUACCUGUGGGUUUAUCUCGUGUUCUUUAACGGCCUCUGGGUAGUGAUUCCACUGGCCAUGUUGUGGCAGUCCUGGGUUCAACUCCGAGAAGCCCUCUCGCCAAGAAGACCAACAUCCUUAAAACUUAGUGGGGGGUCUUCUUCGCAGGGGUCAUACACAUCAAUUAUACAGACGAAAAUUUCCAAGUCAGAAUCAAGCAGUAUUGAAAGUAGCUCACGUGGUUACAAUCUUCGUAAGAGGAACUAAGCUUGUGUCUGGUUACAAAUGGCGAAAUUGAUUACCCAGUAAUUAUAUUUUUAUACAAUUAUACUUUUUAAGAUGUGUAAAUCAAGCUAUUUUGAUCGCAUCUUUUAAUUUUGAUUUAAUUUUUUUUUUUUUUUUUUAUGAAUCAUCAGGUACUGAAUGUACAUUUUAGUAUUAUAAGACUGGAUUUUUAAUGUUCAAGAAAAGAAUUGGGUGAAAUGCCAACCAUUAUGGUGUGAAGUAACAAUUUUGAACAUAAAAUUACACUUUUCCUGCAGCGCAUAUUCACGAUGUUUGUUAUUGUUUGACAAUGUAUUUACAUACAUAAAUUAGCACAGACAAUUUGAUAAUGUACCAGUGACAGGAAGCAACCUCUAAGACAAUAUUGCCCAAUGAGAACUAUGCUUUCAUUACUCAAUGAUACAAAGUCUCUGAUAGGGUAAAGCACAUAAUUUUCGGUACCGAUAGGUAGUUUUUCUGUGUAAAACAACACAAUUUGCUGUACAGAAAUGUGCCAAGAAUCGUCCUGUUAUUCUUAUAUUUUCGGUCCUGUCAGAAAUCUUAAUGUGGCAGAUAAUGCCCCUUGGAUUUGUGUGUGUCCUAUUGCAUGUACCAUUUUACUUGUGUUAUCUCUGGUUUCCACGAGAUUACUUUUGUGAAUGAAUCUAAACUGUCGCGCAUAAUCCACAAAAUCAUAUUUCCAGAAAGUGCCUGAAUAUUUUUACAUGGCCAUGGGACUGUCUAAAACGAUUGACAAUCAGAAAUAUCAUCAGUUGGAAAAAUUAUUAAUAGUUAUCAAUGUGAAAUAUCAAUUAUGAUAUAUAAAUAUAUAAAAGUUUGGCUUCAGUUAUAGUGCACAGAAACUUUUGCUUACACAAUACAUGAAGUGAGGCCUUUAUUCAUGGACUACUUCUAAAUUAUGUUCAGGACAUAGUUUUGGUCAUCUUCCAUGCAUAAAUAUGUCACCACCUGCCAGUGAUGUGAAAUAUGUUGAUUUCUUUCAGGCAUUUUUACUCAAAAUCUCUUGUCCGAUAUAUUAAUCAAUAAUUGCUCAAUUUUUAGUUCACAAUUAUCAAUCUAUAUGGUGUAUGUCGAUAGUAAGCCCUACUUGGACAAGGGCACAGUUAACAUGUCGGUUGUCCUAUCAUCACAGCAUGGUUGCACUGAGGUUGAGCCAAAAAUCCAGCAAAGACAAAAUAUAUUAUGGGUGACAACUUCCUUAUUCUGUUAUGUGUUAUGUUCCAUGUAGGUCUUAACAUAGUUGUCAAGCAAGAGUGAUGUUAUACAGCACAACACAGACUUACAGAUUGUUUGACAGGAUGCAUAUUCUGCCACAUAAUAUUGUGAUAGGACAGUGGAUCACGUGGUCUGAUAUAGGAGAUCUUAUUCUGACAUUUGGGAUGGGUGGACAAAACAUAUAGGUUCAUUAUUCAGCUUCAGUCCAAAUCUCCCUACACUGCAGGGUCGGUGGGGUAGCCUAGUGGUUAAAGCGUUCGAUAAUCAUGCCGAAGGCCCGGGUCCGAUUCCCCACAUGGGUACAACUUGUGAAGCCCAUUUCUGGUGUCCCCCGCCGUGGUAUUGCUGGAAUAUUGCUAAAACGGCAUAAAACCAUACUCAGCCAGCCAGUCAGCCCUACACUGCACAACUUCUCACCACAUCAACAAGUUCUUGAGGCAUUUGAACAUACUUCACUGGCUCUACACCUCUUUAAACCCUACCCAACCACAGUGCCUGGAACUCGUUCAUGUUCAGUCCCUUAUAUUGUAUUUAUUUGUCUAAGAUAGAUGUAUGGAAAUCUGUAUUUUGCUGCUUAACAUUACUCUUGUUUCAUAACAGUAUAAGGAUCUAUACCAAA